CCGACGCGACGGCAGCGCUGCGGUGGGGCAGGGUUGGGCGGGCGGGACGGUGCCCCCCCACCCCGGAGCUGUGGGGCAGGGGAGGACGGCGGCGGAGCGGCAGCAUAGGAGGAUGCUGGUGGCUGGAGGAUGGAGGAGUCGGUGGUGAAGCAAGGUGUGCUGUACCUCCAGCUGCAGCAGACCUUUGGGAAGAAAUGGAGGAAGUUCUGGGGCAUCUUACACCGGGAAAGCUCCUGCUCCACCGCCCGCCUGGAGCUCUUCGAGGGCUCGGCGCCGCCGGCCGCCGAGAAGCUGCGGAAAGGCGAGGGCAGCAAGCGGCUGGUCAAGCUGAGCGACUGCGUGCACGUGGCAGAGGCGAGCGGCGAUGCCGGCUGCCCCAAGGAGACCGUCCCCUUUCUGUUGGAAACCACGGACAAAUGGUACCUCCUGGCCGCUGAUGGCACCGAGGUGGCCGGCUGGAUCCAGAAGCUGUGCGAGUUGGCUUUCCCGAUGAGCAGGGAGGAGCAGGCAGCAGGCAAGGAUGGACAGCAGAGCUCACUGGGCACCGACGGCGAGUUCUCCAUGGAGGAAAACUCCCUCUACAGCUCCCGGGGCAAAGCCAGCUUGGAGCAGGAGUUCGAGGUGAUGGUGAGGGCCACCGAGUCCUCCGAGCGCUGCCGGCUCUGGGGCCGGUACAUCCUGCGAGCCGGUGAGGAGGCGCUGGAGCUGAUGGAUUUCCAGACCUUGGAGAUCAUCUACAGCUGGCCGUACCGCUUCCUGCGGCGCUUCGGGAGGGAUAAGGUGACCUUCUCCUUCGAGGCCGGCCGGCGCUGCACAUCCGGAGAAGGCAACUUUGAAUUUGAGACCAGGCAAGGCAACGCGAUCUUCCAGGCGAUCGAGUCGGCCAUCAACGUGCAUCGGGGCCGGGAGGCUGAGGACCCGCGGCGGGGUGGCCCCGGGGACGAUGCCCCUCGCCCGCUCGGCCACGCCAAGAUGCCCAGCUGGGCGCAGGGGCACGAGGAGCCCGGCGGCACCAAAUGCCCCUCGCUGGAUCCCACCCGGGAGGGGAAGGUGCCAAAAGCCAAACUGGUGAUGCCCCCCAGCAGUUGCCCGGGGGCCGGGGAGCCGUUGGGCACGUUCUUGCCCUCCCGCGGUGCCGACUGCCCCUAUGCUGAGCCCUGCAGCUCCCUGCACCAGGGAACCCCCCCGGUGCUGGAGAAGGGCCGGAGGCAGGAUGCUCUGGCCAAAGCGGCCGUCGAAUCCGAGUACGCCGUCCCCUUCGACACCAUCGCCAAGACCUUCAUGGCUCACAAAUUUGGCAGCUUGGCCCAUCACCCUGAGGAGGUUCCCGACCCACUCUACGACAGCAUCCGGGAGGCAGGGGGGCAAGCGGGCAAGCAGCCCCCUCUGUGCCCCACCGCUGCCAAGCCCGAACACAUCUACGAUGAGCCCGAGGGUCUGUCUGCCCACACCGUCUACGACGAACCCGAGGAGGUGAAGGGGGAGGCGUGGAGGCUGCAGGCGGCCCCGGAGGAGCCCUCUGGGCACGAGUACCCCUACAACCCGCAGCGGGAUGACUACGCGGUGCCCAAGAGACCCGUCCCUCUCCGGCAGCCCUUCCCGCUGCAGGGCAAGGAGUGGCUGGGGGACACCGAGUAUGACAACGUGGCCCUCAAGUUUGCAAAGAAAAGGAACCUGCAGUGAGCGGGAUGGGGAAGGCGAGGAGGAGAGGACCCCCCCCCGUGCCCCACCCCCAGCCGGAUCCCCCCCCCCCUCCCCGGCAGAGCUGAGACCCCCCCCAACUCAGCGCACCCAUGGCUGGAGGGGACAGGGCAUCCCUCCGGAGCGGCGGGGCACAUCUGGCCAGCUGCGGGGCCGGCAGCCGGGAUGUGCCCGCUGGAGGGCACUGUGCGCCCGCAGUACGGGCAGGGCAGGCAGCGGCCGGGCAGGGGGCCGUCCCGCAGCCCCCCCGCCGCUCCGCUCCGGCCUUUGCAGCACCCCCAACUCGCACCCCGCAGCCUCGGGGGCUCCUGCAGACCGAACCCCAAAUCCCCCGCUCCUCGCCCAGCCAAACCUUGGGAACCCCAGCUCUGGGUGCCACGGACCCUCCCUGCACAUCCCUAGGGAUGCACAUCCCACACCCCGAGAUGCAGCCGGACGAUGCACGGCCCCGGGAUGCUCAACCCACAAGUGCCGGCUGGCGUUGCACACCCCUGGGGACGCACACCCCAUGCCUCAAAGGCCGCCGGACGAUGCACAGCUCACACAGCAAACACAUCCCACCUGCAGAGUUCUCUUUGCACACACCGGCCUUCACCUGCUCAGCACCGCGGCCACACGCAGCCCCCCGGGACGUGCCUGUUCUCGACCCCCUCCAGCAGCCAGCGUCGUGGCCGGGGCUGGGCACCGUGCCUGUCCGAAGGUCACGCCACAUCCUCGCUCAGCAAGAACAGUGGCAUAAAUUUCUACUGUCUCAGCCGGGGUUUUAUUUUUAAUUUUUUUUUUUUUUUUAUAAAACCACUUUCCAGCUCCUCUGAAUUAUAGAUGAAAUACUCAGCUUUAUUGUCAUGGUGAUUUUAGUGGCUGGCUCCUGUCGUCCCAGUACAGUGAGACCAGUACGCGGUCUCACAGCCUGACUUGCUCUGGGUCAGCCUGCUCCUCCUCCUCUUCCUCCUCCUCCUCCUCCUCCCGGACACCUCCAGCCCUGCACAGCCCUUGCUAGGGGACAUCCACCCCCUCAGCUGGGCACGGGGAGAAGCACCGGCCCCGAUUCCCCAUCGGCCGAUGGUCCCCCGGCACGGAAAGGUCUCCCAGAGCUGCCCCAGGCUCCGCCGGUGCCCAUCACCCUGCUCGGGCCGUCUCCGGUGCGCACCGGCUCCACCACCGCGACGGAGGGACCUCGGGAGCUGCUGCCGGUCCCCCACCACCCCGGCAGGUCUGCCACCAAAGGCAAAGAAAAGGCAUGAAUUAUUUAUAAACUCUUUCAAUCAAAUAAAUGCUUAGGUGCUUGAGUU